ACAGAAGAAAUAGACUUGAUCAUAACAAGGUGUUAUCAAUGGGUCAAUUAAGGGAUGACAUGAAUUAUAGAAGAAAAAAGACUGAGAUUGAUGAAUCACAAAAAAAAUUCCAUUCCAAAAAUUAUGUUGCUCCAGUUGAGGAAUCAGAAAUACAAGAAAUAGGUCCAAUAGGGUCAAUUGAAAGAAUCAAAAGGACUAGACACCCAGCUAUUAAUAGACAGAAAGGAAAAUGUGAAAUAGAAGAAAUUUUUGAAUAUAAUUUAGAUGAUCCUUCUUUUUAUCAAGAAUUAUAA